AUGGAAGACGCGGGUCUUUCGUUGUGUCGACCCCUUUAUGAACAUGCCAUUAAGUCUGCAUUAAUCAAAGAAAAAUUAAUUUAUGUGAAAAACCUAAUUGAAUGCUCUUCAAUACCAAGUAAAGAAAAUCUGUGCAAUGAAUUAAUUACAUGGUGUAAAAAGGUGUCCUAUCAUCAAUGUAAUGAAAAAUUUGAUGCAAUGUUAACAUUAAUAGAAACAUAUUAUUAUUCAUUGAAAAAUGAAGAAAAAGCGUUCGAAUUUCUUAAACAAAUGACUAACGAUGUUAUAGCUGAAAUGAAUGUUUCAACAUGGGAAGAGCGAAAUAAAAUGGAAUCUCGUCUACAGGCAAUAAAGGAAAUUUUCAAUGAAACGUAAGUAGAACAAUAUAUGGAACUACUGCAAGUCAAUUGUACCGUUUAAAAUAAUUUUUUCUUGAAAAUUAACAUUCUUUUGAAACAUUUUUACCAGUAGUAGUUGAUAACACUAAAUCCCCUAAAAGACCAUUAGUUCAACAAUGGAAGAUCAUGGCCUUCUAUUUAACUUUCAAGUUAUACAAUCAACAGUGGUCUUCUAGUGAGGGAUGGUUUUCUGUUAUUGGGGGGGUACGAUAAAAAAUUCAGAUAAUUUCAUUAUUAGUACUUGAUGUUUCAAGCUUUCAAAAUGUAUCAAUUUAAUGUUAUAUAUUGUGGAAUAGUCAAAAUCGCAC